UUUCGUUUCCUCAUUAACACGGGUGAAGGCUACAUCGUUCUUUCUCGUUCUGUUUUUAAAAUUCUCUUCGUUAAAAGUUUCUUCUGUCGAGAUGGCGGGUCGGGGCAAAACUCUCGGAUCCGGUGCGUCCAAGAAGGCCACAUCACGGAGUAGCAAGGCUGGUCUCCAGUUCCCCGUCGGGCGUAUUGCUCGAUUCCUCAAGGCUGGGAAGUACGCCGAGCGUGUAGGUGCCGGUGCCCCUGUUUACCUGGCCGCCGUCCUUGAAUACCUCGCUGCUGAGGUUCUUGAAUUAGCUGGAAAUGCUGCACGAGACAACAAGAAAACUCGCAUUGUCCCGCGACACAUUCAAUUGGCAGUGCGAAAUGAUGAGGAGCUCAGCAAACUUCUGGGAGAUGUCACAAUCGCCAACGGUGGUGUCAUGCCUAACAUCCACAACCUCCUCCUCCCCAAGAAGGCUGGGGCAUCUGGCUCAAAAGCUGGUGCUGAUGACGACAGUUAAUUCAUUUAUUGAAUGAAGAUAAAUGAAAUUGAAAAUGAGAACCCUAAUGUUGUCUUCUGAUGCAAUUUAGUGUCUUCAUCUAGUUUAGUUUUAAUUCUUUUUUUGAGUUUCAAAAUUAGGGUUCUGAGCCACAUGUGUUGGCAGUAGCUCCUUGUAGUGGCUAUAGUUGUCAAAGUAGUAGUUGUGUAUAUGAUCUUCUUCUGGUAGUUGCUUAAUAGAAGAAUUGAGAUCUCAAAUCCUAUUUUGUUUUUCCUGGCUCUUCAAUUAUUGGCCAUAUGAAUGCCGGAUUCAAGUUCAA